GAGGGCAAAGUUAGUCAGCAAGUUGCAUAGCUUCUGCAUUCUGGUUCUUCAAGCCUCUUUUGUAUGAAGUUUAGCACAAUGUUUUACACUGUGUUUGACCUGAAUGGCAUGUUGGAGGUAGGAGCUCUCUUCCAAACUACAAAACAGAAAGAGAAAACAAUGAAAGGAGCGGACAAAGCGAUUGUGGCAAAGUCCUUUGGAAAAUGGAAAAGCAGCUCUCUAAGGUCCAGGACCAUGGAGAAGCCGGAUGAGCCUUCUGAGGAGAGUAAGAAGGCGAACCUUUCCAACUGCACCUGUGAAGACCCCCAACUCGCCAAGAAACCAGUUGAUAAUGAAUUACACGAUCACUUCCUGAGAGAAAACAAACUUGAAAACAACAGCCGGGGUGAACGGUGUGGAUCUGGCAUCUUAUCCUUCAGUGCACCUGGAAAACCGCAAACAAAGAUGGAUACUGAAGGUGAGGAGCAAACCUUCAAAACAUGCAACAGUAGCACAGGCCUGGUGGACUGGGCCACUGAAAGCCACAGCCCAUAUGGGUCCGCGGCAAGGAAGAGGAGCGCCCAGGAUGGGGUGCAGGGCGCCCCUGUCAAUAAGCGAAAGUCCCUGCUGAUGAAACCCCGCCACUACAGCCCCAGCGACGCAUGUGAAGAGGAGAGCGAGGACCUGGCACCGCCACAGGACAAAGAAGAGCUGAGGAACAUUGACACUCCAGCAGAUGGAAAUUUUAAAGCAGUGAAUGGAGCGGCUGACAAAAGCAGCUGCCUGGAUUCUGCGUCAAACUCCGUUUUGCUCAGAUGGCCUGAAGUUACAUCUAACGGCUCACCCCAGUGUGAGCUGGACACCUCUGAGCAUCUAAUGGCGGAGGAGGAUGAGGAGUUCCCUAACAAUGAAGAAGAGGACCAAAGUCAAGACAGGAUGAGCGGCACCUCAUCGCCGCAGAGUCCAUACGGAGACAUGAGGGAAGCUGAGUGGGAGCCCCUGUCUCUGUCUGCCAAAGACCACAGCUCAAACUGCAGCCCUUCUCGAGCCUCCGAAGACCUUCCAGGCAGAAACAGCCACAUGAAGGAAGAGUCUGAACUGGGCAGUCCGAUAGGCAGAGCAAGCAUUUUCCAAGCCGAAGCUUUAAGGUACAGGCUGCUCCCCGCUGAGGAGGACAGCGAGGGGGAGGCAGAGGCAGACAGGCUGCCCAGGCUUGACGGCUGGGCUCUGGGCCUCCACGACAGAGGCCUUGACAUGAGCAGAGGAAGAGUGAACCUGAACCUGCUGGAGCAGGCCAUCGCCCUGCAGACGGAGCAGAGGCAGGCCCUACACCACGCCUACAGAGAAAUGGAUCGAUUCCUGCUGGAGCAGAUGACCAGCGAGAGAAGGCAUCAUAGGAUGAUGGACAUAGAGAGCAGGCUCAACUACCAUGGAGGCAAAGACUCUCCCAGGACAGAUAAAAAGGAUAUAAAAUGUCCAACCCCCGGCUGUGAUGGCACUGGUCAUGUGACGGGCCUGUACCCACAUCACAGGAGUCUGUCUGGAUGUCCUCACAAAGUCCGAGUUCCCCCUGAGAUUCUGGCAAUGCAUGAAAACGUCCUCAAGUGCCCUACACCUGGGUGCACAGGAAGGGGCCAUGUCAACAGCAACCGUAGCACCCACCGGAGUCUCUCAGGCUGCCCCAUUGCCGCCGCAGUGAAAGUCUCCAAACCUCAAGAUGAGAGCCUGAAGUGCAGACAAACACCUGACCGCUCGCCGAGGGCAAUCAGCUUAAUAAAGAAGUUUGAAAUGAACCAACUGAACUACAGGCUAUCUCAUCCAGUAGCAGCCUUGCAAACCAGUCUCACAAAAGAAAUGGACAAGUACAGCCGAAUUCGCUUCGAUUAUGCCAGCUUUGAUGCACAGGUCUUCGGCAAACAGCCACUGCUCGGGACCAACCAAGACCAGGAAAUGUUGCAAUACCCUGACUCACCUCAGCAGUAUUCUGGCAUACUCGGAGCUUCGGGUGGCUGCGUGCCCAACUCUGGUCAACAUAGUCCUCCGAGUCAAUUCAAAAAAGAAGACUGUCUCCAGGCCACUGCAGCGACAGCCGCCAUUCUUAACCUCUCCACUCGCUACCGGAAGAGCAUGGAAACCAUCAGCGGCCAGGCCUUGGCAACCUCAACCAAGGAUAUGCUAAUUGAGGUGGAUGAAAAUGGGACAUUGGACCUAAGCAUGAAGAAGUGCAAAGAAAAUGGAAAAGCCCGGGCCAAAACACCUUCGGACGAACAGCUGCUGCCUCCUGAGUCUGCCCUGGCGAAAGGCGGAAGUUUACUCAUCGGCCCCGCCUUCUACCAGCCGCUGUGUGACAGAGAAACCUGGGAGAACUCCAUCCCUGUCAACUUCAGCAAAGCACAUGUUUUACAGGACAAAGAGGAGGAUUACGAUCAGGUGUCCUUGGAGGACCAGCACUAUCCAGGGGACGGCAGUAUGUUAAGCUCCAAAGCCAAGCUGCUGCUACGGGAUUCAAAGAAGGAGCUUUUGAGCUGUCCGACCCCAGGCUGUGAUGGCAGCGGCCAUGUGACAGGGAAUUAUGCAUCACAUCGGAGUGUGUCUGGAUGUCCCCUGGCUGACAAAACUCUCAAAUCACUGAUGGCAGCCAACUCUCAGGAACUAAAGUGCCCAACACCUGGCUGUGAUGGAUCUGGACAUGUGACUGGGAACUAUGCUUCGCACAGAAGUUUGUCAGGUUGUCCACGUGCCAGGAAAGGAGGUUUGAAGCUCACACCAAACAAGGAUGACAAAGAUGAGCAGGAGCUUAAGUGUCCCGUGAUUGGAUGUGACGGGCAGGGCCAUAUAUCGGGGAAAUACACAUCCCAUCGCAGUGCAGGCAGUUGUCCGCUAGCUGCUAAAAGACAGAAAGAGUCGUCCAUCAAUGGCCUGCCCUUUGCCUGGAAGGCUAACAAGCAAGAAUUGCCCCAUUGUCCCUUGCCUGGCUGCAAUGGCCUCGGACAUGCCAAUAAUGUAUUUGCCACUCACCGAAGCUUGUCAGGGUGCCCGCUGAAUGCACAGAGCAUCAAGAAAAAACACUCAGAGGAGGAGAUGAUGACUAUCAAGCUGAAAACCAGCAGUGGCGUUGAAAACAAAGAGGACAUUCACCAUCUGGAUCAUGAAAUCAAGGAAUUGAACAACUCAAAUAUGAAAAUUGAAGAAGACAUGAUGCACCUCCAAACACAGCAGAUCUCGUCGAUGGAAUGCAACCUGAAGACAAUUGAGGAGGAAAACAAGAUGAUCGAACAGCACAAUAACAGCCUUCUGAAGGAGCUUGCUCGCCUCAGCCAAGCUCUCAUUAACAGCCUGACAGACAUUCAGCUGCCUCAAAUGGGACCCAUCAGUGAGCAUAAUUUUGAAGCCUAUGUGAACACAUUAACUGAUAUGUACAACAACUCGGAGCAUGAAUACUCCCCGGAGUGCAAGGCCCUCUUGGAUAAUAUCAAACAGGCUAUUAAGGGCAUCCAUGUUUAAGCUGCAGAGCUACCAAGAGGUUCCUUUGACUUGGGAUAAUGGCACUAGAUAGCUCUAUUUCACUGAAGAGUGCUGGCUCGGCUGCAUGUAUAAGACAAGGCUUUUGGAAAUGUGUUCGGCAUUUCCCCGGUAAACACGCUGCACUGAGAAAAUUACCAGCCAGAUUUGUAAUGCUUUUACUGUUUCUGCAUUUAUCCUGGUGAGAUUUUUUAUUACGAUUAUUUUAUUUUUAUCCCCUCUUGCACUUAAUUAUUUUGUAUGAUUUGCUUGAUUUUAAUCUGUAUGUGUUUAUGUCAUUCUUAUAUUAUUGGUAUUUAUUACUAUAUUUGUUCCUCAGUGUAUUUAUUUCCUCAGAUUUUAUUUAUUUCUUGAACUGUAAAUGCUUAAUAUUUGAGAAAUCUGUUGGUUUUUCUGCACUUUGUAAAUUACACAAAAGCACAUUCCAGUUUUUAAUGGCAUACUUUCGCCAUCUAGUGUCGAAAAAGCUAGUCUAUUAUUACUCUUCUUAUUAGUUCAUGAGUUUAACUUCCCUUCAAAGAAAAAAAAAAACUACCAAAACUAAGUAUCACCAGUUUUAGGCAUUGCUUUCACUUUUGUUAUUGGGAACUGAAUGUAUUAGACAAAGUGAGAUUAAAAAAAAUAUAUAUGAUAAUAAAACAAAAUGCAAUGCAAGAGUACUGUACCUUUUUAUACUCAAGGCGGGGUGAGAAUGCAGCAUCAUUUAGGGAAGCGAAUGUGAGUUUAUGCCCAAACAGAGCGCAUCUAAAAGAAAAAAAAAAUCAAAAAUUCACUUUGUCAUGUUUUUUUUUUGUUUUGUUUUUUUACAGAAAUAUAGAUAUUAAACUGCCUUCUGUGCACACACGCUGAAGUGUGCAUAUAGUAUGUGCCUAAAUGUAUAUGAAUCCAUGAAAAUAUACAAGUACUAUGUUUUGUGGUAGGACAGUAUUACGUGGAUGGUGUCUAAUUUAUUCUACAGUACAAUUAUUUUCAUAGGAGGACGAGUUCCUGAUGACUGUUUGAAAACUGGUGUUUCAGUAGCUGUAAUCUAUGAGUCAGGUUCUUAAAGUAUGACUGAGACUGAAUUUUUUUUUUUCUUCUUCUUUGGCUUUUGUUUUACUCUUUUCUCCUCACAGGUCUUAGCAUUUCAACAGCUAUCAGCGUUUAAAUGUCCUAUUGGCACAUUUUAAUAACUAUUUUAAAACCGUGUCAAAAAAACUGGCAAUUUGGUUUAAAUUAAUCAUCACAGAUAAACAGUCGUUACAGGCUGAUCAGUUGUUAUUUUGAGCAGCACUUUUGUACCAAUAUAUUUUAUGUCUCCAUUAGAUCAACAAAUAGAAAAAAAGGGAACAUUUUAUUUACUUUAGACCUCCAUAUAUUUUUAGUCUCUCAGUUUGAAAUUAAUCCAAGAGUUGGAAAUGCAUAAUAUUCAUUUAAGCAAUAUGUAUUUAAUUUUUAGUCCAAUGUAGCCUUGGCGGUUUUAAAAGCAAACAUUGUAAUAGCAAAGGAGCCAAAUUGCAGAAAAUUGAAACCAUAUUUUAUCCAAACACAAGAAUUUUAAUCUUUUAAAAACCCAAUUAUGUUCUUUAAAUUUAAUCCUUUAUACGUUUUUUUUUUUUUUUUAAUUAUUAUUAUUAUUCCUAUACCACACGUUGUUUGCUCAGGAAGUUUUGUGAAUAAUAUUUAUUUAUUUUUUUCUUCUCCCUGUUAGUAUUUGAUGUUUUGUAAUGUGAAAAUGCUCUUUUUGUGGAACGAUAUUAGUAUGAAAUUGUACUGUAUUUUCUUUUUUUUUUCUUUCACAUUAAAAUGUAAUGGUUUUUUUCAGUUGGGGUAGUUUGUAAAAUGGAAACUUCCUAUUACUUUUACUAUUUCAUAAUAAACAGAUAUGCGCUGUGUUGUACAGUUUGUGUAUGGUAGAAAUAAACUUUUCAAACGGU